UUACAGUAAUUAAAAGACAACCUCCAACAGGUUUAGGAAUCAAAACCAAUUAAAGAGUUCAACUUAGUCAUGUUAUUAACCCAAUUAAGAAUUAAAUUAUGUAACGGGAAGAACAGUUGGACCGAAAGCCAGCAGGUGUGGGCUUCCCUAGAGCCAGGACUGGGAAACCCUUGUCCUGAACUGAUCAGGCAGUGUCAGUUCUUUUAGUGAAAAGGCACAAAAAAUCUGUCAUACGGCUUUAAACUUAUGGUGAAACAGACUUGACCUUGUCCACUCCAUCUUUGCCAAGAUUCAAGGUGUAGUGAAAAUGACUGUGCUCCGUCCUGAUAUUCCAUUGGGCGGGGAUGGGUGGGAGCAGGCAGAAUUCUGAGCACAGUGACACUGACUCCAGCUCUGACCUCGACGACCUGCCAGUCUUCGACUUCCUGCAGCCAAGACCCACCCUUGCAUGCAGGAGCGGUUAUCCUCAGAAGCCGCUGGACGUGGUCAUCCUUGACAGCUCGGACUCGGAGCCACCCGAUCAAGAUCCGGAAUCCGCCCUGCCUGUCGUGCUCCAUUCUGCCCAAGAGCGAGAGGUCACCAUGAUCAGCAGCGGGAGUGAAGAGGAGGAGGAGUUUGUGCCUCUCUUAGAGAGACUGAAAGGACAUUUCAGAGGCACUGCAUCUGCAGCCUGUCCGGUUCAAUCUGAGCAAGACUCUGCAGGUGGCACUGUUGAUGCGCAGUACUCUUCAAAAUCCUCGGAACCCAGUUUUCCCCAGCUGCCUCCUCCAACUUCCACCACUGGCUUACAGCGAGCUUCUGUUUGGGACUUCUCUGAUUCAGAGGAGGAAAACACAGCCCCGGAUUCCAAGAAGCCUAAUCUGGGAUCCCAUGGCCCUGGGAGACAUAGCUUUCCCAGUUCAGUAGAAUGGGCAGACAGAAACAUUUCACCUCUCAGGAAGAAAGCAGUGAAGCACAGGCAGGAGGAGAUAGAUGAGGCCAGAGCUGUGGCUGUGGAGAGGAGGAAAGGCAAGGAGAGGCAGAAAGCCGAGAGGGAGAACCGUAAACAGGAGCUGGAGAGACAGAGAGCGGAGAGGAAAGCCUUGGCUGAUGCAGUUAAAGCCCUGAGGCCCGAGGAGUGCAUGAAGCAUAUGGUGGUCACCAUUGAUCCAGCUCUGUUGCAGCUGGAAGGUGGGGGCAGUUUGCUGACGUCCCUGCAGGCUUUGGGCUGCAGCUGUGCUAUUGAGAGACAGGUGGUGGCCCGCAGUGUGACCUGGCGAAGGAGGCUGCCCUCCUCACAGGGCUUGACUGGAGAGCUUGAUUGCGUUUCCGAACCACACGCUGUGAUCCACGUGCCAGUGGAAGACUUCAUCCGCAUGGUCCACAGCACCAGUCAGGUCCAGAGAGGUGCUGUCUCUGGCUGUGGGCCUACGCUGAUCUCCUGGAGUCACAGUAUUGUGGAGCAAAUCACUGGCAGCAUCCUGACACUGGCUGUCAUCGACCUGGAAAAAUACUUCAGGUCCCAGAAGUCCAAGAACCAAAAGAAGUACCGAGAUGCAGUGUUGGGUGAGGGCCAGGAGGGAGCCAGUAAGCGCAGAAAGAAGAAAGAGGAUAGCAAACAGCUCGUAGAGGUGUCCCGGGUGGAUGUGGAAGAGGCUCUAGUUGACCUGCAGCUGCAUUCAGAGGUUCAGGUUCGGUUCCUGGAAUCCUGGAAGGAGUUUUCUGAUUAUAUUGCAAUGUUCACCAAAGCAGUAGCAGAGGCACCUUUCAAGAGAGAGCGGGACCAGACAAGCUUCGGCUUUUGCCUGGAGAGCGAAUGGGCAGGGGGCCACAGGGUGGAGCGCACUGGGAAGGGGCUCGUCCAGGUGUGGAAGAGGCAGAUUCAGCAGCUGAACCGGGUCAGCCCCGAAAUCGCCAGCGCCGUCCUGGCAGCGUACCCAUCGCCCCAGCUGCUGACCAAAGCCUAUCAGAAGUGCAAGACUGAACGUGAGAGGCACAACCUGUUGUCGGACAUUCUUGUCCGUAGAGGGGAGGGAGUGACCUCGACGUCACGCCGCGUGGGCCCGGAGCUCUCCAAGCGCAUUUGCUUACUGAUGACGUCACCUGACCCCAACUUAUCUCUGGAAACUACAGGCUGAGGGCAAACACGUGUCUGCAGAGUUGAAGAUGGAAUCCAAGUUGUGUUCAAUCCUGAUAAAAAUCGUUUAGCAGACACUUUUAGACAGGGUGAUUGUUAGGAGCGAACAAAGGGGGCAUUAACAGAUACAUACAGAUACAUCUUCGAUAAAAAAUCAAGAUACCCUAAUAUUUUUUUCCUAAAUUAAAAAAAAUGUAUUUAAGUGAUACAUUAACAUUUUUAAAAUAAAGUGAAUCCUUAAAAAAAAAAGUAUUCCUGAUGGAAAGUGCUAUUUUCAACCCAGCUGCAGAUAGAUGCAUUUGAAUUUGCCAUUGAAUCAAUAAGGAACUAGUAAUAAUUGAGCAAGUGAUACCAGCACCUUUCUUUAAUUCCCACAUCUUAGAGAGCAAAUAGGGAUAGCCUAUGUUUCCACUCUUUGAUCAUAUAUAUCUAAAAUAAAAUAAUUUAACGGAAAUUAUUCACAUUAACCUUUGCCUAGGUAUUUAUUCUGAAAGGUUUUCUUACUCUGUCCCUUGAAAUCAAACAGCACCCUUGUAAUGCAAACCUGUAGUUUGUCCUGUCACUUGUUGCUAAUUAUUAUGGGUGUUCUAGUAAGUUCCUAUCACUCAUGAGUAAUGGAAGUUUUCUCUAAUUCUUGUCACUGUUUGGUUGUAAGAUUAAUCAAUUAAGCAUUUGUUAUCACCUGUUAUUACAUAAUUUUAGGUUUGAUGAGCAGCUACUUUCAAACACUACUUUCAGCUGAGGCCAGAUUGAAAACAGUACACAGAAUUCCAGCAUGAGUGAAAAAGGUCUUCUCCAAAUGUAACAUCAAUAAUUUGUACAGCUUUGGAUUUCUUUACUUCUUCUAUUAAAAGUUUGAUGGCAAUAUAGUCCUUGGUGCUGGCAUAGUUGCCCUUUUUUCCAGCUGUUGCACUGUUGCUCCUGGGGCCUGGCAGAAUAUAGCUGUGCAGUAAUUACAAAGGUUCAUAUUUCAGUUUCUUUGCAAGUUCAGUUUUUUAUCUGUUUGUCUCUUAUUCAGCAAGAUGACUUGCAGGGGCAUCAGCUCUUCCAGCUACAGUUCUUCCACAGUAACUACUGUGAUACAUACUCCUGAAAUUGCUAACGUCACGAAUAUCUUUGUAAAUGUACUAGUGGUGUGUUUUAUUUAAAUGAUGAAAUAAAGUCAGUUUUUAACAGUU